CUCGCGCUCGCGCAGGUCUGCGCCUUCGUCAACGCCGUCUCGGCCGCGUCGUCGACCGCGCUCGAGCGCGCGGGGGCGACGAUGCCGGCGUGGCAGACGACGUUCGCGUACGCGCUCGUCGGGACGUGGUACGGGGGGCGGUUUUACGCGCGCGCGCGCGAUGGGAAGGCGCGCGGGCGCGACGCGCGGCGACUGGGCGCGUACGCGGCGUGCGCGUUCGCGGACGUGCAGGCGAAUUACUUCGUCACGCUGGCGUUUCGGUACACGUCGAUGACGAGCGUGUCGCUGUUGGACAGCGCGACGAUACCGUUCGCGAUGGCGCUGUCGACGGCGUUUUUGGGGGCGAGGUACGCGAGGACGCACGCGGGCGGCGCGGCGAUCGCGUUCGCGGGGCUGGCGGCGUUGGUGCUCGGCGACGCGUCGGCGGAGGCGACGGGGGGAGGGACGAACAGGGCGCUCGGGGACUUUUUAGCCAUCUGCGCGGCGGCGAUGUACGCGACGUCGAACGUGCUGGUGGAGGCGUUUCUGCGGGACGCGGACAAGGUGGAGAUUUUGGCGCACGUCGGCGUGAUGGGUUUCGCGAUUAGCGGCGCGCAGUGCGCGUUAUUAGAGGGGAUGAAGAUCACCCAGCUCAAAGCUCUGGGAGCGAUGGGCGUUGGCUUCUUCGCCACCUACGCGCUGUCGCUGUUCGUCCUGUACACCUUCGCCAUGGACGUCCUCGAGCGGUGCGGCGCGUCGGCGUUCAACGUGAGCAUGCUCGCGAGCGACGUGUGGAGCGUCAUCCUUCGACUCAUUUUCUUCGAAGGCUUCGCGUCUUUCUCCGCCGUCAUCGCCUUU